AUGUCGACAAAGGCUUUUGUGGCGUUCGCAUCCGGUGCCAGUGCAGUAGCCAUCGCGGCUGCUCUCAUCUGCUUUGGCCUACUCCUUAGCGACAUCAACUCGUUCUACGAUGAAGCAGUCAACGAUCUGGGAGAGUUCAAGGAAUUCGCUGACGAUGCCUGGAAUACGAUGAUUCGAAGCAACAAAGGCGAUCGUUUCGACUCCAUCAGUGCGAUUUUUGUAAGAGAAAAAAGGGGCUUCGGCUCCUGUAACUGCGGAGCCCAACCGAACAACUGCCCAUCAGGACCUCCUGGACCGGCUGGAGAGAACGGAGCUCCCGGAGAAGAUGGACCUCCCGGGACACCGGCGAGUAACGGCAACAAAGGCAUCAGCAUGAUGGGAAAGCCAAACGAGCCCGUUGGGUGCAUCCAAUGCCCAGUCGGACCUCCAGGCCCACCAGGACCAGAAGGACUCAUAGGACUACCUGGCCCCGACGGCCAAAACGGCAUCAAUGGUAUAGCAGGACACCAUGGAAUACCGGGAAUCGGAGGCGAGCCGGGAGAUCCCGGAGAGCGAGGAGUGCCAGGAGCGCCAGGUCUCCCAGGAGCUAAUGGAUCUAAAGGAACAAGAGGCAGAGGAACACCUGGACCCGCCGGACCAAAUGGAAUACCAGGAACUGCAGGAAACCCUGGAGCGGCAGGCCAGAAUGGAAAUGCAGGAGCACCAGGAGAAGAAGGCAUCCCUGGACCUCCAGGACAGGACGGCCAAAAAGGUGAAGAUGGACCACCUGGCGUGGAAGGUCCAGCGGGUCUUCCAGGUGGGGAUGCCGAGUACUGCUCAUGCCCAAAGCGAACCAGCGAUAUACUCGUCCAUGCGUCGCAAGUCAAAGAGCAACAGCAAGGAUACCGAGGUGCCCGAUGA